AUCAUUUGUCUUCUAGGGUGAAUGGUAGUACCUUCCUAAAGGAGAGUCCAGCAGCAGCAGCAGCCUCUGCUAGCAGCUCCCACUCAGAUGCUGCAGAGCUGCACCUCAGAGACAGGGAGGAUCACCACAAGGAUGCCCAACAGAGGAGCUGUGAAUCCUGUGCUCAAGUUCCAGACUCCAGCCACUGGGUCCUGGUGAAGCCUGAAGUCUCCACAGAGGAGAGCGUCUCCACCUACAGCCUGAGCUCUCCUGCAGGGAGCUAUGAGUGCCCAGAGUCUGGUCUGCGCUGGACGUGUGCUGGUCCAGUCACUCUGCAGUACCACUUCACUGAUUGGCAUGUCUUUGCUGGAGAGCUGGCCCAUAUGCAGCUCGGACCUGCUGGUCCUCUGAUGAACAUCAAACUCAUGUCAGGAGAGCUGGAGGAGAUCCAUUUGCCACAUUUCCUCUGUUUGGGGGGUUCAGAGGCAUCUGUGUGUGAUGCUGUGAGGGUCCUGCAUGGGCGAGAGAGUGGAGUGUGUGUGGAGGUGUGUGAGCUGACCAGACACCAUGCCAGGUUUGUCCACCCCUCCUUCUCUCUGUUUGGGGUGGUGUAUUACCUGAGGGAUCUGCUUUUUCCCAAAGUCCACUGUGAGCUGCUGCUCUUCUGCACCUGCAUCACUCCCCUGGAACUCCACACCUACCUGGUGCCAAAUGACCCAGCUCACAUCCGGGCCAUCCACAAGAAGGAGGUGGAGAAGAGGGGGGUGUGGAUUGACAAACCCGGCGCUGUGGGCUCGCUUUGGCUGAAGGACACCUUUUGUGUGAGGACAUUGUGUCCAUCUUGUCCUUCGGAAAUCCAACCUAAGAAGAACCUGAACCUGUGGCCGCCUUCCACUAGUAAGUUUUUUGAAGUGUGCAUGGAGCAGCCAGAGGAGGAGUUUGAUAUGGAGGUCAUCAGCUCUCAGCACACAGAGCCCAUCUGGACAGUCAAGAUCCGCAGACGCGACUACUGCCAGCCCAGCAGGAACCCAGGACAGGGCAGCAGCCAGGGGACAAACACAGUGUCCACUACCAGCACAGAGGAGAUGCCCUCUGGCUCCUCUAGCCCAGUCCAGCCAGACUCAGGCUCGUCCUCCAUUACGGCUCACACAGGUGGAGUUGCUGUGGCCCCUAGUCUCUCUGGCUCCUCUAGCCCAGUCCAGCCAGCCUCAGGCUCGUCCUCCAUUACGGCUCACACAGGUGGAGUUGCUGUGGCCCCUAGUCUCUCUGGCAACACCUUCAAUGGACCAGUGCACAUGCUGUUAAAUGCUGAUCAAACUCCACCAAAGUGAACUUCUGAAUGUUGCUAAAACUACCCUUCAUCAUGUUGCUGUAAAUGCCAAUCAAAUAAUUCUCCAGUCUAGUAGCUCUCAGGUUUCCCGAUUUCACAUUUUUGAAGACCAUUACAUUGGAUGUAAUGUUGCGCAAGGCUUAAAGUGGUCAGGCACAGUGUGGGUCACAGCAGUUUUCUUUGCUUCUAUGCCCCAUUUUAGGCCGUUGCAGCUGUUUAGAUAAUAAUGUAUAACAUAUCAUAAAUGUACAAAGUUUUGAUUUUCUUCAGGCACAGCUUUUUAUUCUGCUUUAAGCCCCAUUUUAGGCUACUGUUUGAAAUAUAGCACGAGUUCAAUAAGGCUUAUUAACAAUGUGUUGUUUUGUUCUGAAACUUUAAAUGGGAAUGAUGCAUUUGUGUACCUAAUUACUGUAUUUUAUCAUAUGAUGUAUCUUUGCUGUGAAGGAUGUAUUUACCAGUAUUUAUUUUCUCUUUGAAAAAAAUCAACAAAUUUCAGAUUUUGCUCUGGGGUGCCCAAACAUUUGUUCAGCAGGCAUUUUAAACUGUAAAGAGCUUUUUUUUUUUUUUUUUUUAAUCAAUGGCCUUAGGGAAGGGAUCAGCAGCAGAGCGAUGAGAUCCAUAACCAUCAGAUACAGUCCCCUCUAAAAGUAUUGGAACACAUGCUAAAGUUGACAAUAUAAAAUCAUCUUUUGGAAAUUGAUCUUAAUGCCUUAAAUAAAAAAAAAUGAGGAAAUAGUCUACCUUUAAGGACAUCAAUUUUCUUUGUGAAUGAAUAAUGUAUUGUAAAUAAAUACAUUUUAUCCUUAAAAUACAUGUGUCAUGUAUUGGAACGCCUAUGUUAACCCUAUGAAUUAACAUUCCCAUAGAGGCUAGCCGAUUUGUAUUUGUUUUAUUUUUUAAAUGCCAGUUAUUUCAUUGAUCCAGGAAACUAUGCACCCUGAUAAAGUCUCCUUUGCCUUUGGAAUUAAA